AUGGACGACCUGGAGGAUGUAAUGGACGGCGCCCCCUCUGAUGAAGAUUUUGAACCACCUCAGCCACGUGGGCCGGUGCGCUCCAGACGACCACCGACUCGCAAGCCUCCUGAACAACAGGAGGGCUCAGAAGUUGUGCCAACAGGGCCGAAACCUCGGAAGAUCACUCUUCUAAAAUCUGUUUUUGAGGGCCGGCCGCCUGUGGUCUUGUUUAGCUACACACAAGCCUGCUGCGCCGAUCAGCGUCCGAUGGACCGGGCCGUCCCAGCUGACGAGGAGGGCCCCCGGAUGUUCUACUCGCAUACGGAUGCAAUACACCAGUACAACGCCGUCAUCAAUAUUCUCAGGUAUGGCGGCCUCUUUAGGGUACGUGCGGAGACAAACAGGUGGACAGUUCUGUGGUCUUUGCAUCCCACACCAGAUCAGCUCCGGCGAUUCAGUCCCGUCCAGCGCGCGAACCACUUCCCCGGCUCGUUUCACCUGGGCAGAAAGGACCUGAUCUGGAGGAAUCUGGCAAAGAUGCAGCAACGAUUCGGGAAAGAGUAUCAGAUUACCCCGCAGGGCUACAUUCUGCCCAAGGCCUUCCUUGCCUGGGACGCCGCUCGGCUGCGGCAGCCGGAAGCUCUCUGGAUCUGGAAGCCUUGCAGUCAAAGCUGCGGCCGCGGGAUCAUGGUUUUCAGCUCCGACGUCCCUAAGGACCAGAUGAAAGAGAUGUCCAAGAAGCGUGGUAUCAUCCAGCGCUACAUUCCCAAUCCGCUGCUCAUCGGCGGGCGCAAGUUUGACAUGCGCAUCUACGUGGUGGUUCUGUCGUACGAUCCUCUCAAGGUGUACGUUAACGAUGAGGGCCUUGUCCGGUUUGCAACGGAGCAGUAUUCGGAAGCCGUGGACACGCUCCAGUCCAGGAUGAUGCACCUCACCAACUACUCUGUCAACAAGCAGAACCCUGACUUUGUGCAGAACCUCGAUGGCCAGGGAGAGGACAAGGAGGAUGCAGCAGUCGACGACAGCGGCCAGCCGAAGGCUUCAAAAUGGUCGCUCAAAGAGCUGCAGAUACAUUUCGCCCGCGAGGGUCUCGACUUCGAGGCCAUGUGGGCGUCCAUGAAGGACUUGGUCAUUAAGACCCUGAUCUCUGUGGAGGAGCCUCUGAAGGCUGAGUGGGUCAAGACGACGGGCUGCGAGGACGGCGGAUGGUCUGCACGUGGACCGGGAGGUGCCCACAGGGGUUCCUGCUUCGAGAUCUACGGCUUCGAUGUUCUCGUCGACCGCAGUCUCAAGCCAUGGCUCUUGGAAGUCAACAUCUGUCCGUCCCUGUCCAGCGGCUCUCCCUUGGACAAGCGGAUCAAGACAAAGCUGGUUGCAGAUGUCCUCACGUUAGUCGGCGUUCAUCCGCCCACUGCCCUGUGGAAGCUAAGCCGUGCCCUCGGAGAGGGAACAAGUAGCACACUGAUUGCUUCGGUGGCAUGUAGCGCCAUGCACGACUCGGAGACAAGCCCGCUGGGGCGACUCGACGAGUAUAUCCGGAGCUUCGAGCAGAAGUAUGGUGCUGUUCCAGUAGAGCUCCAGACGCACGACUUGCAAAGUUCUGUUGGCAGCUUCGUGGAACCGCUGGCCUUGCGGCCGAGUCGCGAGGAGAAGCCGGAUCCACCGCCAGACGGCCUACGCAAUGUCCAAUCCAGCCCAGCACGCGAGCUUUCGUCGCUGCCGGCUAGAACGACUACACCGAGAUAUCCAUGGCAGGUAGCCCCGUCGGAGCCUGUGCGGGCCUUACCGUUCAAACUCCGAACGAAAGGGCUGGAAGCGUUUGCGCCCCACGUGCAAGCUACUGCGCCAAGCACCAGCUACAAAGUGCCUUCUGGCUUUGGCAGCGAUUUGUCAACAGCCUGUGGCUCUUCUAGCCUGGGCCUGGGCAUGAAACCUUCAGAAGCAGAUCCUCCGAUGCCAGACAAGUCAGCAACUGCCUUGGAUAUUUCAAGCAUGGACCUUUCACACAUGAGCAUGCCUCCUCUGUUUGAAAGAAGCUCCAUGUUCAAUCCGGUACCAGAGUGGGAUUCAAGCCGUGUUAGUCAGCGGAGUUUUUCACAGGCGCCUGCGCCUUUGCCGCAGUCCUCUUUUUGCAGCCUUGCUGCACGGUCGAGCUUCGUGACUGAUGCUGCCACUUCCUCGAGCUUCUGCUUUGCACCAGGUGAGCUGGCAAGGCACCGAGGCGACCCGGGCUUGGCCCCCUGCGCACGUUUGCAGAGAGCUCGGGCAGCCAGCAACCCACCGAAGCUGCAGCUCGCAGGCCCAAGCGGGCGCCACCGAGUUGCGCGGAACGCUCCCAGGCCUUCGAGCCCGAACCUGGGCUCCCCAGGCAGCCAUCGCCCCAGAAUGGGGAACAGCCCGUGCAGGGCCUCCUCCCAGGAUCCCUUCGCGCCCUUACCUGCGCCCCGUGAGGCGAUGCCCAAAGCCCAAAAAGCCGAAGGCCAAGGCUCUGGGCCUCUGGAGUCUGGGCCGCCUCAGCUGUCUCCCCCUCGCAAGAAAAGCGCCGGCAGUGCCGGGCCGCUACCGUCAAGAGCGUCGAAAUCUUUGAAAGAUGCAGCGGUCCAGUUUGAGCAUGGUGCGCGGAGUGCUGCCAGGGAGGCGCAAGACGAAGUGAACUGUCAGAGCCCGAAGGUUCCUCAAGCUUUCGCUGCUCGGUCUUGCGAGAUUGCCGUGCAGACGGACAGCAUGGCUGCAGCCGAUUCUGACGCUGCUCCAAGGCCUCGAGUUGAGCCGAUUGCUGCAGUGCUCCAUCUUCCUGAGACGCCUUUUCAAACGAACGGCAAAGUGGAGAAAUGCAAGGACGAGCCGUCGCGCGACAACGGCUUGUGGAAUUCCAUGAGCCCUCUGUCUCAAAUCAGCGCUCCAAGGCGUGAACUUGCUGAAGGGGUUUCUCUCAGCCAAGACGAUCUGACACAAAUGAGUGCUUUGUGCACCCCUGAAAAGCUAUGGUUUUCUGCCAUGAAGGAUGACACGCCGGACUUCGGUGGUGACAUUGCUAGCGCACGCGCUUCGAGCUUGUGGCAGGGUUCGUUCAACACCCGGCCGGUUCCAGCAUGCGGGCUCAGCAUGGAGCACGAUGUGGCUCAGAGACUCGACGGCCCUUGUGGCAGACUGGCUUCAAGCCCUUCUGCAGAGAUGCCCCACACCAAUGCAGAGAUGGAGCAGUUAAACCAGCAACUGCUCAGAGCCCUGGCUCGUGCAAUGACUCACUUGCGCCGAAUGCAAAGUUUGUCUCUGCCAACGAGCUGGAACACGCAAGAUGCCUAA